CCCUCUGAAGGGACUGCAGCCCAAACGCCGCUUGAAGCAAAUACUGGCGUCCUCGCCUGUGCCCAAGCCGGUGUCGGGGUCUCAGACAACUGCACCAGUGACCACGGCAACGUUGGCAAUUCCUGUGCCCGCGCCCCCUGCGUGAGACACACUUAUAAUCACAGUCUCAGAGAGCAUGCGCCAUAGCUAUAACUCCGGCAUGCAAUGUAGCCACUAAAACAAGGCAAACAAACAGCACACAGGCUAUAUGCUCCGUCUGACUUCGACACCACUAUCGCUUCAUUCUCUGAUUGACUGUUUGCUAAGCCCUGCAGCGCUUACUGUUGCUACACUUCUACCGCAUGUCUGCAGUUUAUAAUGAUAAUAGCAAUAGUUUUCAGAAUUCAUAGAGCCUGUUGAAAUAGUGGGUCCUUGAUUUGAGACAGAGGUAGACAAUAAUAGCUUCUUACUUCCAGUCGACGUCUACACUAUCCGUUUGGCAAAAAUGACAAAUGUAACUGGCAGAUUCAUCAGCUGUAGCUAGCUCAGUAAGCUAAUGUUAGCUCCAUGACUUGGUGGAAUACACAGUUACCAGCAAAUUUGUUCGGAUUCUUUCUUAAACAAAAGCAUUUAAAAAUGGUCUUAAAUAUGUAAAUAUAAAGAUUGAUCUUGAAUUUCAGUGUAUACCAGUCAAAGUAAACUCAUUUCGUUCGCUCAAUAGUGUUUGGCAGUUUAUUUUGUAUCCUUCUUUGCACUUUCAACUGUGUCUUUAAGGAUGACAUAACAUUGCAUUAAUUUACUGAGGGACCCCAGUAGUGAGGUUGUUGGGUUCGGACAUCGAUCCUGUAGUAACCCUGUAUGUGCGGCCCUUGAGGUAGGAUACAAACAGGGAGAGUGUCGAGUCUGAGACUCCCAGAUGUUGGAGGGUGGAGAGGAGGAUCUGGUGAUUUGCUGUGUCAAAAGCUGCUGACAGGUCAAGCAGGAUGACAACAGAGGAGAGGGAGGCUGCUCGAGCUGUGUGAAGUUCCUCUGUGACAGCUAGGAGGGCAGUCUCUGUUGGUUUCCCUGCCUUGAAUCCUGACUGAAGGUCAAUAAGGUUGUUCUGGUGGAGAUAUGGAGAAAGUUGAGUUAAAACAGCACGUUCAAGAGCUAUGGAAAGAAAUGGAAGAAGAGAGACCGGUCUGUAGUUUCUCACUUCAGAUGGGUCGAGUGUAGGUUUCUUUAAAAAAGAGGAUUCACGUUUGCUGCUUUAAGAGUGUUGGUAAAGUAACAUGUCAGAAAUGUAUUGAUGGAUGGGUGGGGCGUACCCGCCGAGAGGUUAGAGGACAGAGGGAGUCCAGGGAAGAGGACAAGGUGGAGAGAAGAGUGUCUGUGGCAUAGUCAGCAGGCAGGAGUGAGAAGGAGUCACCUGAAGGGAGAGCUGAUAGGACAGAUGAGCCAAGAGAGGAGGGAGACAGGGAGCAAAGGUUGCGGCAGACAGGUACAGUAUGAGUGGAAGAGGAAGGGUGAGGAGUUAGAGAGAGGGGAAGAGUGUAGGAUAUGAAUAAGUGGUCAGAGACAUGGAGAGUAGUGACAGAGAGCUCGGUGGUAGAGCAGUUUCUGGUGAAUAUAAGAUCGAGUUGGUUACCAGCUUUGUGAGUUGGGGGGGGGGUAGAGUGAGAGAGCGAAGGAGGAUAGAAAGACUUACAGCUGAGAUGUUAACUUCUCUGUCUUGAUGUUCAAGUCGCUCCCACUCGUCUUCCCACGAGUGAUGAUUCUUUGACUGCUGCUUCGAACAAAUGCUGGCUUUCUACACAAGUGCUGAUUGCUGAUUGGCUACAGGGGUGAGAGCUGAACUGCAACAGUUUCCACCAUAGUCAGUGGAGAUAGAUUUUAAGAUGGAUUUAAAGCCACAAUAAACUUUACUUAGAUUUAUGUCAACAAGGCCAAAUUGUUAAAUCUAACAACAGGCAGAGCACUGUUAAGCAGGGAAAUGCCAGUUUUAGAAACUAUAUAAACUCAAUCACAGCAGAACACAGCUUAGAUCAGUAAGCAAAGUCAAUUGAAUAAAACAAGGGUAUCUAGAUAACUAGAAAAUAAAUGAGUCUAACUCAGGGAUACUGAUAUUGAUCACAGUAGAACAGUUUAGAAUCAGUCAGUAGAGACAGUGUAGCAAAACAAGGCUUUUUAAAACUAGAAGAUAAGAUUACAAGUGGUCACUAGAGACACGUGGAACAAUUAAUGCCAGGUGUAAACUGACUAAUUAGAGCUGUGAUUGACCCGAAACAGAAUUUCAUGCAGGUUAUGAACAUGACCUAAUAUAGCCAAGUUAACCAAGGAUAUGCUAGAUGGCCUUAAAAGUAACGCUUGCUGAGUUAGCUGCACAUGCAAACUAUUGCAGCUUAUGUUAGGGCUCACAUCCUCUAAAUCCAGAAUAGCUCUACAGCCCCAUGGGUGCUGCUUUAGCAUGGUAAAAAAUCCAAAGCUUGACAGGCAUGCUGUGCCUAGGUACAGUUGUUAAGCUAUUACUGUUCACUGUUUGAGGGUGUGGUUUAGUGAACAGCUGAACUGCCAACCUCUUCUACAGAGUUUGAAAUAAGUCACAGUUCCAUUUUAUGGAGCAUGAAAACAGCCAAAUGGAGUUCUCCAUUGAGAUCAUAAUCAGGUUAGGUUGUGGUAACGGCAAACAGCUCAAACUUGUGAUGUUGUUGUGUUACAUUGCCUGUGAGUCUGUUAAAGGGGCAGUAAGCGAUCGUGGAGAAAGCUUGUCUCGAUGUUGUUGUUGAUGAUUUUAAUGCACUGGCCGGGCCACGAACACGCAGCCUCGGGUAUAUGACACCUAUAGUCCAAAACCCCCGAUUUGUAGAAUACUCUGCUAGCACAUCUCUUAAGGUGUCGGGGAGUGAUGUAUGCACACGCACACAUCACUCCCCGCAGUGUUGUGUGGUGCGGACCGUUUGUUUGCAAUUUACAGAACCUGGGCGGCACACACACAGAACCCACAGGUAGCGGACGUGAGGAAAUGUUUACAGAUUUUUACUGAAUGUGUACUAGUUUAAAACCGCUUACUGCCCCACAUGCUACUGACAUACAGUAUUUACAGUAGUAUCACUAGUUAUAUGUGUAGGACUACAGCUGGAGGAUUGGUACCACCAUUUGGUCAUGGUUCUGUUAAUAUUCUUAUAGCAUGAAGUUGUGUUUGUCAGCUACAUGCACGUUAGAAAUGGCACUACUAUUUCACUGUGGAAGCAUACUGUGAUCACCAGUGAUCACUGGUUCACUGCAGCCGCUCAAUCAAACACUUACCAAUUUUUGUUUUUUAAAGCAAAGUCUCUGUCUCCACUGGAAAUGCAAAACGUAAAGGAAUAUUCCUGCACUCCACCCAUUCACAUUAACAGUAACUAACACCUGACCCCAGGGAAACACUACAGCAUGCAGCCACUACAUCAACCAGAUGGAUGGGAUGUCACAUCUUAAACAAUGUUGUGCUGGUUAUUCUGUCCCUUUGCAGGCUCACUGCUUCAGCCGAAUCUCCCUGCCUCUCUGUUAAUGUCUUGGCUUUUUGACAUAUAUUGACUGUCAAAAACGUACAGAGUAGUCAAUAUCUGUCUUCUCCUUCACACAGGACACAUUCACUCAGCGCUGGAUGUACCUAUAUAAAAUUAGAGGAUCUGUUUUCACAAAGAUGUGAAGUUGUGUUUGUGUGUCAAAUACGGCAACAGUUGUGCACGCUGGGUGCAACUCUAUUUCCAUGUUUUGGGUUUUCACUGAGUUACGGUAUCCUGUGUGCAAAUCACCCAUGGCUGCUUUGACUGGCCCUGCUUGUGAUUGGGCAACAGUCAUGUCCUUUUAAAGUAACAGUUAAUUAACUUUCACUGUAUGUCAUGCAGCAUCACUGAUUAUAAAACAAUGUUUGUCAUCAGUAUGAUGAUUGGUUGAACGUGUAAAUUCAUGUUUAUUUUCCUUUUUUUCAGCCUUAGUAUUUAGAUGAUACUGUACAGCAUGUGGUUUUACGUGGUCUCAACUGUAAUAAGGAAAGCGUGCCAUUGACUGGCAUCAAUUUGUUUAAAGGAAUAGUUUGGCAUUUAUCCACUUUCUUGCCAAAAGUAAGAGGAGUACGUCAGUAUCAGCCUUAAUGAACAUCAGGAUAAAUACAGAGACAGCAGGCUUUUAGCUUAGCCUAGCACAAAGACUGCAAGCAGGGGGGGAAGUAGACUGCCUCCACCUGCCUCAUUGAGCAUCUCUUACAUUGGCCUAUUUGAAAAAAGCCAAUUGUUUUUCCAUCGUCUAAGACUGGUUCCUCUACAGAUGAAGAGGGGACACAUCUCUUCGGUUUGACUACUGCAGGUUCAUAGAGCUAGACUACAUUCCCAUGGAGACAGGCUAUAUGGUCUCAAUGCGUCCGACUAAAGGCUAUGCAUCGACCCAGUCGCCAAGUAAAGGAUACGCCUCCACCAAGUCUCCAGACCGGCACAGCCGUUCCACAAAUUCUCCCUCCACUCCUCGUUCUCGACGAACCCAGGCCACGCCCAGCAAUAGAGAUCCCUAUGGCAACACCUCCCUCAGCAGCAGCAGCAACUCAGGCUCUUGUAAAGGAAGUGACUGCAGCCCCACCAAAGGUCGUCACCAGAAGUACACAUCAUGUACAGACAACCAUGGUAUUCGGCCCCCUCCACCAGAGCAGUACCUCACACCCCUGCAGCAGAAGGAGGUGUGUAUCCGACACCUGCGGGCCAGGCUAAAGGAAACCAUCAACACACUGCAAGACAGAGACACAGAGAUAGACGAGCUAAGAGGCCAGCUUUACAGGAUGCAGGAGGACUGGGUUGAGGAGGAGUGUCACCGUGUGGAGGCUCAGCUGGCCCUGAAGGAGGCCCGUCAGGAGAUACAGCAGCUCAAACAGGCUGUGGACACCGUCCGUUCCAGGCUCAGUGAUGCAGGUGGACCCAGUGGGGACAUAGGGGUCCAGAAGUACUUCCAGGACAUCAACACACAGAACCACAAGCUCGAGAACCUUUUGCUCAGUAUGGAAUUAGCCCAGGCUGGAUUAGCCAAAGAGGGGGAAGCCAGACCAGGCUGUCGGACCCGUAUUGGGGGUUCGGCUCCAGCGUCGGUAUCAGGGGAAAGUCCAGGGGUAAUACCUAAAUUGGCAGUUGGAGGGAGGGGGUCUUGCUCCUGCGAUUGUUCCCCAGCCCGUUCUCUGACCCGGAGCUCCACCUACACUAAGCUAACUGAUCAGGCAUUAGCAGACCAGAAUGGCAAUGCCCAGGACUUUCCUUGUCUGUCUGGUGAUGGCACCCAGGACAGUGGGUUUGUAUGCUGUGGGGAGAGCAGCGUUCCCAGCCGGGCCAACUUGCUGCUGGAGGCCGCCUUCCUCUCUGAGGAAACGGCAUCUUUACUCAACUCCUACACGCAAACCUUCUCCCAGUCUCUGCCCCACUCCCUGCCCAACUCUCUGCCUCACACCUUCUCCCAUACCUUACCUCGUUCUUUCCCUCGCAAUUCGUCCCACUCCGUUCCCCAGACUAUGCCUCAUUCAUCCACCUAUGAGAAGCUGUGCACAGGCGAACGGCUGGUGCCCUUUCGUUGUGGCCUGGGUGGAGUAAACUGUAUGAGCCACCCCUGUCUGUCCCACCACCACCUGUACCUGCACCCCCUGCGGGAAACAGGCAUUCAGACUGAGAACUGUCCCAUCGCUGCAUCAGCAGGUUACCCUUCUGACCUAGAUACCAUUGCAGAGCAACGCACUUUCCGCUCCCAGGCCUGCAGCCCCACCUCCACCUGGAUGUCUGAUGAGGGGGAGGAAGACCUGGACUCUAUCACCACCACAACUUCGGUAACCACAGCGACGAUCAUGAGUACGGCAACAGAGCCAAUCCCAGUCUCCAAAACACCAUUGGUCCCUUACUUACCACGGUCUGCUACUGUGGCGUGUUCCAUGGAAAGACCUCUGUGUGGGACGAAGGAGGGAGUGGAGGAAGAAGAAAAACAGGAGAUGGAAAAGGCAGAGAAGGAAGUUGAUGCAACAGAGAUGCAUAAUGAAACAACAGAGAUCAAGCUGGAGGAUGAAGGGCAGCAGGGGCAAAGUCAAGUUGCAGUGAAGGAGGAGGCAGCACCAGGAAAACUGUGCGACUUAGCAGAGACAUCAGCAGGAAUGGAGGGUAACCUUAGAUUUGCAGGCUGUUGUGGAGAAAGCAGUCAGGAUGGGACAACUCUGAAAAACCUCAGCAUGGAAGAAGUUGGUCUGUCAGCAGGAUCAACUCAGGUUGGGACAGGAAAAUUGAGUCCAAGUUCCCCAGAAUUAUCACCAGAUGUAGAACAGCCUCAUACCUCCCAGCCGAGGAGAUCUACUUCCCACAAGGAGAUAGCUGGUGUCACUGUUGUGGAGGUGCAUGAUGACGACGAUGACGAAGGUGAAGUUAAAGAACAAGGUGGAGCAGGGGGUGCAACAGUAGAGGAGGGAGAAACGUCUAACUCUGGGACUAUUCAAAAAAGCUACUGGAGUCGUCACUUCCUAGUUGAUCUGCUUGCAGUGGCCAUCCCUGUGGUGCCAACAGUGGCUUGGCUGUGCCGCGGUCCAGUCCGUGAUGGGCAGCCCAUGUAUAUAGGGUCACUGCUGCGAGGCUGUUGCACUGUAGCACUGCACUCUCUGCGCAGGGGAGGUGGAUUGAGGCAUUACCCCGCAGGCGGGGGAGACUUGGGAGGAUCCCAGAUAUGAGAGGAGAAUAUGUUCAACACCACUAUGGUCCACAACUAUAACCUCUCGAGUAUGGGUCUGGGUCCUUAGCUUGAAGGGAAAUACCUAUGAGGAGAGGAAGAUAAAGUCCUGCAUUUCCCAUCAAGGCUUAAAGCUGAGGGAGGCACCAGGAACAGGAAAUGUGCAUUCAUGACUCAGUCCUCUGACCUUUAAACUGUUGCGUGUGUUCCUAGACCUUAUUGUCCCUCAUCCUCUGGUUCCUGCUGUUGCUAACAAUAUGUCUGCUAACACUACUGACUUUGUGCAAAACUAAAUGAGCUGACUGAAAUUAAUGAUCUGUGCUUGGAUGUUUGAAGCUGAUUGUUUUGUUUUCAAGUACAGGGAAAAUGUUAAAUAUUCACUGUCGUUCUACUAGUCCGACUCAUAUCUGGCAUGUUUAAAUAACCAUGGUGUAGAUGAGUGUGUACAUGAAAUAUGAUAAGUGUAUGUACACAUGUAUAUGUACACAUGUAUAACCAAAUGGACUUGCUGUCUGUAGUAGACGAGCAACCCUCUGGGUGGAAAAAUUUAGGGAAAAUCCACCCUAAUUCAGAAUCCAUGUUUCCUCUAACUGCAGAAAGUUUGGGCUUUUCUUUUGAGUCUGACAUCUUCAAGACUGAAAGCAUGGAGCAUAUUGACAAACAAGGAACGAUAAAGUAGACACAGAACUCAGGUUGAUUCUAAAGAUAGAAACACAGUGAAGUAAGGCUGCCAAGAACUAUUGACAUUUUCCAUUCACACCAGAAAACCUGUUAAGCCAAAUGCAGAUGACUGCUGACUCCACCAUUGUUUUCCAUUAACGCAUGUGUGAUCAGCUUUUCAUGGAAUUAGAACCAAGUCCAGUUGCUCCCUAUUCAACACCCUCGUGGACUGCCUUGCAGUUUUGAACAGUUCCACAAAUGCCCACAAGGUGAACUAUCCUUCAUUAACUGAACAUAGUUCAUAUGAAGGACGUAAAGUGCUGAAAGUUUCUAAACAUUAUGUCAAGACUUAGUCUGUAAUGUGAUAAAAAAAUAAAAGUGACCUUCGAUGCAGAUCACAGGAUUACAUUUUAAUAACUAAGAGAAAACCGUUGAUGGUUCUUUUAUUGGCCAAAUAAUGAUUUGAUAGUAAAACAAAAGAAGACAAUUGUGAUAUGGCUCGCAAGGGAUUCUUUAAUAUCGAAUGCUCUUUUCUUCGAAAUUUAUGCAAUAUAAUCUCAACUAAAUGUGAAUGGGAACUGGGGGUUCCACUAAGCUCACCAUGUCUCUGCUCUGAGAGAAUAUGAUCCCAUCUUCAGAAGUCAAACAGAAUCAAGCUCAAUUUCAAUGACUCCAAUGUCCCAAGUAUAUUAUAUGUAUUCACUGGACAACUAGUUGCACUUAUUUUAUGACUGUAUAUAUAUUCCUUCUAUACUGAAGGAUCCCUAUAGGUUUUGACUGUCCAACCACAGCCAGCUUACUUCAUACAGCCAUUAAAGGAGUAGUUCACCAUUUUUCAGGGAAAUAUGCAUAUUCUUAAUUAGAUGAUGGACAUCACUCCCAUGUCUCUGUUAAAUAUGAAGCUAGCAGCAAGUGAUUAGCUAAUCUUAGUUUAUUUUAGCAUAAAGACUGGAAGCAGGGCGAAUAAAUAUGUUUUUUUAGAUUGUUUUCUAAAAAGAAAGAAGAAUAGAAUAUCAAUUUACACAUCCGUUUUUCAUUGAAUGAACCAACAAACAAAGAUUAUAACCUAAAUAGUUAAUCGAAUUUGUCAAUCUAUUUCCAAAGUAAACUACUGAAACAUCAACUCAGUUAUCCAGAACCUAAAUCAAAUCUGUUCACUGGUAUACCAUCAAACAAACAUUUUUAAUAUAGUAAUGUUCAAGUUUCAGUCCAAACUUAGAAGGAUUAGGCCUCCCAACAUGUGGCCAGCCAGCUCUGUUUGUUCAGAAAGAGUGACCCAGGUGAGCUAGUUUCCUGUAUAUAAUCUGUGGGUGGAGCCACAUGAAGCAGGGGGAGGGGAUGUUCCACAGCCGUUGUUCUCGGGCUUUAGUCUGUAGGAGAUAGUGAUGAAAACAACAUGGACAUUACGUUUUAGGGUGGAAUUUUGCCAUUACUCACCCACAUGGUUAGUCCUUGAACCCUGAAUGUUGCAUUUGUAGAUGACUUCACUGAAAUAUUGAAAAAAAUGGAAAUAACAAGUUGAUUUUGGGUUACUUUCAUUUCACGACACAGAAAAUCUUGUUAACUGAUCAGGUCAAGAUAACUCAUACUACAAUCAGACCUGCUUGUAGAUACUCAGUGCUACGCUUUGGUGUAGAUCUGAAUCUGAAGUGAGUCGUGCUCAGUCUGUGCGCUGCGCUGUAUAUUUCUGCUAACUCUAAUGCUCCUGUGGUUGUAGUUUAACUGUCACUCCACUCGUGCGUGUUUCAAGUCCACUGUGCAAUAGUCAGUCACUGCAGAUAAAUCUGCAAAGCAUUUCUAGACACGAGUACUACGUGUUAAAUGAACAAGGUUUCUGGGUUCGAGAUCGGCGUGUUUACUUUGUGUGUUUGUAUUAUGAGAGGACUUUGAUGAAAGUGACACAUCAUUUUGCUGAUCUUGUGCUGAAGUUGAAUCUUACAUGUGAAUUAAGGGCAAGUGAGGAACUGUAAAAUUUAAAUUUGUCUGCCAGUCAGAGACUUUUGAGCCAAUCGUGGAUCAAUAAUAAAAAAAACAUCUGGACACAAACCUGCAAAAAUAUUCUGACAUCAGCUGAUCUGUGCAGUUCUUUAUUGAAAAAUUAAGUAGCACAAAUCUUUUGUUUUGUUUUGUUUUUUUUACUAUUUGGUUGGCAUAUUUUGCACAUUGUUCACUUUAAGAAUUUUAAGCAAUUACUUGAAAGUUGAGAUUGUAUGGAUAUCCAAAGUAUUGUGUCCACUGAGUUCCGACUAAAUGUCCUGUUGGUCUGUAGUGUGAAUCAAGUUUGACAGUGCUGAUAAUGUUUGAGGCAAAGAAGAAGCAGGCACAGUGUAAAAAUAACGCAGACAUUUCAGGUAGAUCUUUAAAAUUACUAUUAUAAUACAUGUCAUUGUUUCUGUGAAUACUGCAAACCAGCUGCCUUCCCUCCACGAGAAGAGCUUCUGAUCCGAGCUCUUUAUAUUUGUCCACAUUAUGUAUUUACAGGCCAUAGGAACAGUCCAAAAAAGAAUCAGUGUAAAUGCUGUUGUAAAAUCAUACACAGGUAGAGAAUGAGCAGUGUUCAAGCUACACUACCUUGUCAAAACUGUCGGUUUGUUGGACAUCAGUGACAAUCACGACGAGCCUCCCCUCUCCCACGGUCGGUCCGGGUUCGGUUUCUACUUCAAUGAUCUGAAGGAGCCAUGAAUGCAGCAGCCAUUGAGAUCCAUGAACGAGGUUUGAAUGGAUGCCUUAGAGACGCACAGGACUGCCUCCUUUCCACCGGCCCACACGCCAUCCACCACCUCUCCUCAGCAUCACUCUUCUAUUGUCAGUGCAACGAGCAAUUUCAUGUUUAACAAAAAAAAAGCCAUAUGAUCCUGUGAGGGAGGAGCUGUGAGAAUGUUAUUUUUUAUCUCAAUAUUAAUGUGCUGUGUAACGAAAUGAUGAAUGACUGGGACUAUGUCUCUGUUUAGUGACAGCAGGAGACUCACACCAAAGUACAGUGCAGUGUGUCAGAGGAAAACCAAGGCCAGAUGCAGUGAACUUCUGAUGUGUUACCAGGUUUGGGUUUGGGAGUUAAGGUCUUUUGUGGGUAGCAGCAAUCAUCUCAGUCCGUUCGAGGAAACCAACGAAUCUCAGCUCACACACCCGUGAUUUACCUCUCUGCACAUCUGCAUUAUGUGGUCAUGUACAUGAGUGUCUGAUACGUUUAAUUUAUCAAAGCUCUUAUCGUCAAGUCGUUGAAUUUUUUGUUGAAUUUUUUUUAUUGUAUUGCAAAAACCCAAAGUCCACAUUUUUCUGUGCAAGUUAUCAUCUUGUUCGCACAAGUUUAGCCAAGUAUCUUGUGCAAACAACUCUAACCCCUUUUUUUUCUGCACAAGAUGCAACUUGUGUGCAUGAGAUCCAUGUCUUGUGCACAGAAGAUAAUAAAUGAUAUAUGAAUGUUAGAUAACACUGGUAUGGAUCUUGUACACAUUAUCUUGUUUGUACAUAUUAUUUAAUAUACUUUCCAUGUGUUUUAAAGUUAUGUUUGUUUAGACCAUUCAUCUUGUGCCCAAGAAAAUGUUUAUUUAUCUUGUUUGCACCCAAUAAUAUCUUGUAAAAUAUGGGGGGAAUAUAGGGGACUUAAUUUCAGUAGCUUGUUCUUUUGCUUUUUAAUGUGUGAUUAAUGCUGCUCUUCUUAACACAGUUAAGAGAAGUCUGUAUUAAACCUGCAUGUCUUCACUCACUAGUCCUGAUUGGGUUUGAUGAACACUCACAUCUUAAAUCUAUUAUUUUGUCUCUCACAUUUGGCUGAUUAACAGCUAACAUUCAAACACUCUGACCGUCACACCCUGAUGAGGCGUCCCACUCAUCAGGGUGUGACUGAUAGAUUGAUUUAAUUAUUGAAAGUGAUUCGACCCUGUAGCACUUUAUCCAAAUAUUGCAACGCCAAGGAGGCCGUUACUCUGAGACCGUCCCUGCGAUUGUCACUGUACCUCAACAGUGCAGUCACACCCCCCUCCCUCUCUUUUCCGUUUCUGUCCCAUAAUACACCUGAACUUCCUGCUGUUGUGUAAGGUCGUGUCAGUGUACAGUGUGAGGGAGUGACUGGUUGAUUAUAUAUGUAUAUCUUCAGACAGAACCUGCUGAAAAUUUCUCGGGGAAGACAGGAGUAGGAGGUGGGAGAGGUGUUUGUCUUUUGAUUUUAUUUGUUAUUGUCAAUAUUUAAAUGUGUAAUGUCAUUUAAUGCUUUAUUCCUUGCCUGGUUGUCUUUGAGUAUGUGUUCCACUGAAUAUGUAAUGCUAAUUAAUGUAUACAGAGGUUAUAUCAAGUCUUUUAACAUCAGCUGACAUCAUUAGUAUCUACAGAUAACGUCUUGUAAAUUAACUAUUUUAAUGGCAAUAGUAGUGUGAACAUUAAAAUACAUCAGUAGACGACUUCUCCAUUCACUCCCCCAACACACUACGUAAAAAACACAGAAGCCCCUAUAUUAAAAAGCAUGGAGCAAACGUU